GUCAUUGAUAAUAUCCGAGGCUCUGAUACUCACAUUGAGAUUGAGAUUGAGAGCUGCAAGUCUAGGCAUCAAUUUCAAGAUAUUGAAAAUUCAAACCAUCUAGAAUCAGCUUGAAGCUUUCCGAUCACUUUGUCUUUACUGAUUCGGGUCUUGAUUACAGCUUUAUCCAUUUUUUCUGGCAAUUUACAAUGUUGCCAUGUACCCUAAAUAUAUAAUCUCAAGAACCAACGCCUACUUUCGGGAAGCAUCGGUGAAGACCGACCUCAGCUGCUGCACUGUUGCAACAUCUCUGACAUCGACAUGAAUCCAAACAGCUGCCAGAACUACAUGGAUGUCUUCAUUCAUGAAAUGGAACCUUACAAAUCAGAAUACAAGAUCAGAGUUCGUAUAUCGAGAGUGUGGAGAGCUAAGAAAUAUAAUACUAACAAGGAUGAUGGUCUCCACUCUGUCUUGAUUGAUGAAAAGGGUGACGCUAUUCAUGCAAUUAUCAAUGAAUCUGACUACCCUUUAGUUCACAAAAAAAUCCAACAAGGCAAGGUUUAUGACAUUCACAAGUUCUUCACACGAAAAAAUCAGGAAAACUUCAAGAUUCUUGAUCAUCAGAGUCAAGUCCGUUUCAAUGCAAUGACUAUCUUUGAAGCAGUUGAAGGAAAUUGCCCAGAAAUUCCAGAGCAACGAUUCUAUUUAGUAGAAUUUGAUCAACUCAAAGCACGCAUGAAUGAUAAUACAAUUCUAACAGAUCUGUACGGUUGUUUGAAGUCAAUUGUACCACCACAUGAGACAACUGUCAAGCAUAAAGAAUCAAAAUGUGAAAGACAAGAGUCAAAAUGUGAGAUCCAUUUGCAGAAUUUAAAAAGAGAGGACUUGAGAAUUACACUCUGGGGCAAUACUGCUAGACAAGUUGACAUGGAAACAAUUAGAAAAACUUCUCCACCAGUGCUGAUGGCAUUAACCAGUUUAAAAAUCAAAGAGUACCUGGACAAACCUGCUCCAUCAAAUACAAGCAACACCUGUAUUUUCAUCAAUCCAUAUAUCCCAGAGACAAACAAGUACAGGCUUCAGUUCUCAAAACUGGUUGAUAGAGUGCAAAUACUUCCAACCCCAUUCAAACAGCCAACAUCAGAAGAAAUCCAGGAAACCGAUAUGAAAACAGUGACUGAAUUGAACAUAUUGGAUCCAUUGUCAUACAAGGAACAAAUGGUGUAUUGCAAUGGUUCAAUUUCCAGAUUUGCAACACAUGACGGUUGGUGGUAUAAAGGCUGUCCUCGCUGUUAUCGAGAAUUAAAAGAACAAGAGCAUGACAAUCAACUCGGCUGCUCACUUCAUGGGAAACAAGAAAUUCUUCCUUGUUUCAGAGUCUACAUGACUAUCACAGAUGAUCAAAAUGACGCAGCGGUUAUCAUAAUGGGAAAACCAGCAGAGCAACUGUUUGGAAGUAGUUGCAAAGAUUUGGUCAGCAAAAGAUCAUACCCAACAGAAGCAACAUUACCAGAAGAGAUAGAGAAAACAAGAGGCCAAAAGUUCCUUUUUCAGCUCAAGAUAAAGGAUGAUGGUGAGCUAAUAAUCAAAGAUAUCUUCCCACAUAUGGAGUCCUCUGUAGCACCUUUUGAAAACGACCCAGCAACUAUGACACCAGAUCCUGUUCCUUUUCAAAAAAGGAGAGCUGCUGGGACAAGUAAAAAAGGAUUAUUCAUAUCUGAACCCAACAAGAAAUCUAGAAGUACUAUAUUUUAUUUACUCUAGAGUGAAGGAGAAGCAGAGGAACAUGAAACCACAUCAUCGUCAUCAGCUGAAAACAAAAAAACUGUUUGAUCCAGGAUAACUAUGGUGUACAGUUUUUUGAUGAAGUAAUCGAUUUUGUGUAGCUGCAAUGACAAGUACAGUUGGAACCACAGCUGUUUUUGAACAAGCUCCACAAUCUUACAAAAUUGCAGCAACGAUCUUUUUGCAAAGCUGCAACUCUAAUAGCUAAUCUAACUAUGCAGCUACCUUUUUUGUAAAGCGGCAUCUGAAAUGCCUAACAUUGUUGUGCAGCAAGCAAUUUUUGGAUGAAUUUUGGUGUAACAAAUGUGGAAUAGACGUGUGCUCUUUUAUCAAAUGAAUAUAAUGUAACAGUUCUUCCUCCAUAUGUCACUGUUUUCUUCA